GCGGCGCGGUGUCAGUUUUCGGAAUCCCAGCGCGCACUGCUCGGUGCAGCGGGACCCCAGCCCGGCUCAGUGCCCCGGCUGCUGUCUCCUCGGCUGGGCGUCGCGGCCCACUCCGCUGCCCUCCCGGCCUGGGCCUUUUGCGAUUACCCUCGGCCGAGCUUCGCUCCGAAAGACUUUGUUUCCUCCUCUGCCCUCUUUGUUGCUCUGCAAACCGGCCUCUCCACAGCAUCUGACUCCUCCGGGAGUUGCAUCUCCAGCCCGGCUGUCGCCGUGCAUAACCCCGCCAGGUCUCAACACCCCGUCUCCGUUCGCCCCGGGAAGCCGUCCUUGACUUCAUUGAUGCACCCAUUUCAGUGGUGUAACGGGUGUUUCUGUGGCCUGGGACUGGUUAGCACCAACAAGUCCUGCUCAAUGCCACCUAUCAGUUUCCAAGACCUUCCCCUCAACAUCUACAUGGUCAUCUUCGGUACAGGCAUCUUUGUCUUCAUGCUCAGCCUCAUCUUCUGCUGCUACUUCAUCAGUAAACUCCGGAACCAGGCACAGAGCGAACGGUACGGCUAUAAGGAGGUGGUGCUUAAAGGUGAUGCCAAGAAGUUGCAGCUCUAUGGGCAGACCUGUGCAGUUUGCCUGGAAGAUUUCAAGGGGAAGGAUGAGCUAGGUGUACUUCCAUGCCAGCAUGCCUUUCACCGCAAGUGUCUGGUGAAGUGGCUAGAAGUGCGUUGUGUCUGCCCCAUGUGUAACAAGCCCAUCGCUGGCCCCACAGAGACCACGCAGAGCAUUGGGAUCCUGUUGGAUGAGCUGGUGUGAGCGCUACUUGGACGUGGACACUUGAGAAGACAGCUUACUUUGUGGACACUGGGGUUCCUCUAUACAACGAACAAGACUUCUGGGUGGUGACAUUCGUGCUUGCCUAAAGGCAAAGGUGACAGGGCUGGGCUUCCACCAGCAGUGCUGGACCAGUACCAGACUCGCCCCAGCUCUGUCUCCCAGCGUUUCUUUCCCUGUUACCUACCCAGUCCCAGUGGCCUCGCCCAGCCAGACUACUCUAUCUGGUACUACACUAUCUGCCUGCCUCAUCCUUGCCCUGGGAAGGAGUCAACCCUGUGACUGUGGACCAGGAUGCUUCCCUUUGGAGAACAAGCUACUCUGACUUGGAGGAUGUGGCCCCGCCCCACCCAUAUCCCUUAUUCCUGCCGGAGCCUUGGGAUGGUUUAAAGGGAUGGAAGGAAAGAUUAAAAGAACCAAGAACUCAGCAUGAAAUAAAGGAGGGCAGGGCCCCAGAAAAGGGAAAAGUCGAUGUUUACAUGGGGUGUAGGAAACCAACGGCAGGGUGAUGGGACCAACCAUCUCCUGUUAGGAUGUAAGGUGCUAUCCAUUCUCUCCCCGACCCUGGUUAAUCUCAGAGCUUCCUAUUCCUUGCUGGCUUUGAAGAGACCCCACUCUGUAGGAAGGAACUGUUUCUAUCAGCACAUUCCCAUGGGGCUGUUAUUAUUAUUAUUAUUUUGAAAUGAAAAGAACCCUGGGAUAGGGGUGUCGAGGUUACAAUAGUGCGGACGUCUGCUUCCCUUUGUAAACAGUAUUUUUAUACUUCAUCCUCACCAUCUCAGGCUUUACGUACGCGGCCCCUCAAGGACGGAGGGGGUGGAGUCUCUUCUUCAGCCAAGCAGCUGAGAGUGGGAAAAGGUUAUGUAUUUAAAGAAAAUUAAAUUUAAUAACAUGUUUCUUUAAUCAAA